AUGAUCUCAGCAACUGGCCGUCCUGGCUUCCGACCGCGUCCUCCCUGUCAGUCUCGAUCUUCUCACCCCUCGCCAAACACCACCACUAACGUCAGUACCAAGCAUGACACCGUCCCGCCAUCUCCGCGCUCACCUCUCUCCGAUCUCAGCAACCAUUCUUGUACCAACGCCACUCACGCGACCACCUCUCGCGAUAUGCACGAAUCAGCCUCCGACUUUGCCCAUGCUACCACCACCUCCCAACGCGAACCCAACCUCUUGUAUGAUGCGCAAACGCUUACGCCAUCCUCGAGCGUCGAAGACCUCGAUCAUGCGCGCCUAGGACGCCUCGAGCGACACGAGCUCGAGCAGCUCUUGAUCGAAGCCAGUCGCAAGAUGCGAGAAAGGGAGGCCAAGCUCGUCGUCGCCGCCAACAUCGGCAAAGCUCUACUCGAGAAGAACCUUUCCCUGCGAAGUGGCAUCGAGACCAGCAUCGCCUCCAGCUCUAGCCUCUUCGGCCUCUCGGAUAUCGAGGCCAUGAUCUCCGACUUGGCAGAUCCUACGCUUCCGGAUCCCAUGCUCGCUUUCCAUGGCCCCACCAAUGACACUCCAUCCCCUCCGCUGAGACCCAUCUACUCUCCUCCCACCACCGAUGUCGAUGUCCACUCCCAAGCUCACCGCUCUCCAUCCAGAGCCGCGUCAGACACCACUCCAACAGCUCAUCCCGUAUCUCUCCCUGACUUCCAACCCGACUACUUCAGCAGACCCGCCAACGAUACAACCUCCCCGCCCGCUGCGUCUACAUUUUCCAUCCAAUCUUCCAUCGUUUUUGGCGACAGAGCCAUGUGGGUCCCCAGUGACGCUGGCCUCAUCGCCUCACAGCCUUGCUCCCCCAGCGCAUCCAUCUCGAGCUUUGCCUCUCAUGCCCUCCUCUCAUCUCAGGCAUCUGCAUCACGCAACACCUCCAACAGAGGUUCGGCAACAAGUCGUCACAGAUCACGCCCUUCGCUUUUGCAGCUGCAGGCUCUCGAAGCACAGAAGCAGCUUGCCUCCCUCGGCGAACAGAACGAUGUGCUCCAUCAGCAGAUCUCCGACCUUCAACGCGAAGCCGAGUGUGCGCGCUUCGAAGGAAGCAAGAAGCUCAGCCGACUCAACAAGGAGCUUCGCGGCCUCAAGGCUGAACUAGAGGCCGCUACCCAGCGCAACCUCGAAUUAGAAACCAAUCAUUCUGCCUCGCGAUCAUCUCCCGGAGCCAGGUCAGCCAUGCGAAGACUCGUGCUUCACGAUCGUCAAGUUGCACCGCCGCCACAGACCUUUCCAACGCCCGCUCACCACCAAUCCUCCUUGCUACCCCUUGCGCCUCCUUCAACUUCUACUUCAACCUCACCAGAGCAACCCGAUCCCAAACCGGACCGCUCCGGUCUCAUACCUUCCACAUCCAACCUCGAGGACAUGGUGCGCUGCGCAAACACCACAGCCGGUGAAAGUGCCCUUCUGGCUCAACUCCUUGCCAAGGUCAAGGAACUCGAAGAGACUAACACCGCCAUGGCCAGAGCCGAGGAAGAAUUUGGCAGUAGGAUGGGCCGCGCAAUGCAGGAAGACGAGCGGCUCCGCGACGCAUUCAAUACAGUCGGUCAAGAUCUCGCCGUCGAAUCCGCUGCCCUCGAAUCCUGGUCAAGUCCCGACAAGGUGCAAAAGGAUUCCAACGUUUCCCUGCUCACACCAGCCCAUUCGGUACGCAGUCUGACCUCACUUGCCUCCGCACAUACCUCCAGCCCCUUGUCUUCCUUGUCACCCAGCCAAAAGCGCAGAGCUCCGGGUAAUCGCCAUGUCAUCGAACAUCGCAAGACCGUCCGCAUGGCCUUGCGUCGAGCAAAGAAGGAGCUCGCUGCCAAUAUUUGGGGCCUCGACACUGAUCCAGCCCCUGUCUCUUCAGACAUGUCGCGUUCUUCCACCGAGAAAUCCCUUGGCACCUACUCCAUCGAUCUCAGCGCAAAUAGCAGCGUCUCUUCAUCGCCACGAACCAGGGGCCUCAACAGAAAGUUUUCGUCCACUUCCAUGGCACUUGGCCUUUCAGCUAGGCCUCGGAUCCGCAUCACCCCUUCCAUUGAAGAUCUUGGUCAACGAAGGAAAAUGCACCAAGAGGUCAUCGCUGGGCCAGAGGAAGCAUCCACAUCUCAACCCGGAGAUUGGCAGGACCUAACCACUCCGACGCUGGCCAAUUUCCCUCAAUUCGCCUCAUUGAGCCCUACAGAUGCCAUGAAAGCCUCCCCUGCUCACUUGCAGGUCGGGAUCCGACCCGGCCGAACAAGUCAGAACAGCCCUCGCCGAGAGUUUGACAGAAGCGCCGAAGAGCCCCUUUCCGAGGCUGAGCCAAGGUCGUCGCUAUCGCCUUCCUCGCAAACAUCCUUCAAUCCCACAGCACGUGUUCGCAGAUCCCGAACCAGGUCCUCUUCAUUCAGCUCAAACUUUUAUUUCCCGCGCGCGUCCAGCUCCGUUGAGCAGAGUCCCGACCCAUUCAUGAGCCCUGCUGCGGCUCUGAAUCGACCAGGCUUGCAUCGCAAUCCCUCCUCCGGCUCGUCUCAUCGUGGCAGAACCUUGGGGAGCGAGCUUGGCAGCAUCUUUGGUGGCGACGACCGCAAGCACGAUUUUGACGACGAUCUUCCGCAACGCCGUCGACUUGCCACUACGAUGCUUGCAGAUGCAGCCAACUCUUCCAAGGUACAGUCCCUCGUGCUGCACCGCACUGAAAGCACCACAGCAUUAGAGCUGCGCUCAAAACUUGGCGACGUUGUCGAAUCUGAUCGUCCCACGGCCAACGUUGGUCGGCUAGUCCCGCAGAGUGAUGACGAGCAACAAGACGAUCUAGAAUACGUCUUGACUCAGUCGGUCUGCGAUCAAGUCGAAGAUGUCUUUCUCGAGGAUUCUCCGCUCCGCCCGCGUGACGCUGCGCUGCUCGCUCGCGUCGAGGCUGAGGAAAGCGGAAUGUGGCUGGCCGAUCAGCCCAUCAUCGAAACUGGUGGUUUGCAAGACCAAGACGAGCCUCGAAGCGCCCAGUUUGACCUCAUCAAUGCUGUCAUCCGACAUCAAGCAGUCGCCUGGGCAGAUGAUGAUGAUUAUGGUCGCACUAUCAGCCAGCGCGAGGCUGUCAAGCUCGGUCUGUUGGCACCAAACCCAUCGUCCCGAGAAAACCGCAACAUUCGACUCCUCAAGGGCAAGUCCAAGCACGCUGCCUCCGACCCUGGCAUUAUGCAAGCUCAACAGGCGACUGGCGCCAGGAAGGCGUCAUUUCGACUCGAAAUUGAAUCUUGCGAGCAACUCGAGCGCCGUCUUCGCAUCGAGUCGCUGCUCCGCCGACGAAGGCAAGAGCUGCUGCGGGAGCGCGGGUUUCUCAAUGAAUGGGAGACUGAAGCCGACGUACACAAGCAAGAAGCGGAGUUUGUUGCCACAUAUGCGCCGAGUCCUCAGCGGCUGCAAGAGAGGAGGCUCAAAGCGUUGUCCCCAGGAAAGUCGGAUAUGUGGUCUACCUCACCACAAAGGGCUUCUCUCUCAAAUCGUGAUUCACGUCUAUCCACACAGGAGUGGGUGCGAGAUCUAGCAUCCGUCUCACCGUCAAGGCAAACCGCCGACGGCGACCGAGACGACCAUCAUGACGAUGAAGAGAACUCGAUGAGCCUGGACUGUGUACGUCCUGAAGACACCGAGUUCGAAAUGCUCGACUGUCCAUCUUGGAAGAAGCAAGGCGGACGCGGCACCGACUACUUUCCCACCUCAUUUCGCGCGCGCUACCGUCCCGCCAUGGUCAAGCAGAGAGUUGCCCACGUGUCGCAGGUGACCUAUGGAUGGGUCGAGGAGUGGGUGCAGUUCGCUUUUGUCGUCUUCCUCGCCUUUAUGGUCAUGGUCGAGCAAGGUCCGAAUCGCAACAACCGACGUGAGAUGCAAGCGUCAAAGGCACAACAAUACCUGCUGAAAAAAGCAGAGUGA